AUGCCGUCUGUUAAGCGUCGCAGGCUGUCUGAUCCUAACGGGCGCGAACACCCGGCUCGCCAACACCCAACAGCGGACACGACGAACGGUUCCUCCGUAUAUAUCGCCAAUCGCAACAUCGACAACCGAAGGCCGCUGAAGGUCAUCAUCGUUGGUGCUGGGAUCUCUGGUAUCCUCAGCGCUAUCAAGCUCUUGCAGACAACCUCAGCGUUGGAGAUUGUGAUCUACGAUAAGAACUCAGAUCUUGGAGAUAUUCCCGCCCAUGUUUACCAGCUAUCCUGGGACUCGAAUGUUGCUUGGUCGCAAUUCUACGCUUCCGGUGCGGAGAUAUUGCAGUACUGGCAGCGUGUGGCGAAGAAAUAUGGCGUGGAGAAGUACAUGAAGUUCUCUCAUGCAGUCACUGGAGCCACAUGGGAUGCCAGAAGAGCGCAGUGGAAAGUCACUGUCGACGACACGCUGGGCGGACGUACUAUUGACCAUGAGGGCGACAUCUUGAUCACCGCAAUCGGCGUAUUGAACCAGUGGAAAUGGCCGAGCAUCCCGGGGCUGAAGGACUUCCAGGGCAAGCUCAUGCAUACUGCGGCGUGGGACGAAGAGUUUGAUGUGACUCACAAAAAUGUGGCAGUCAUUGGGGCUGGGUCCAGCGGGAUCCAAGUUGUCCCCACUAUCCAGUCGGAGGUCAACCGACUCGACCACUAUGUCCGCGGUAGUACAUGGAUUGCUACUCCGAUGGCCGGUCAGGAAGUCGAGAAGAGAGUAACGGAAGGCAGCAACUUCAGCUAUACUCCGGACGAGAUCAAAGCAUGGGAGCAAGAUCCUGAGACAUACAUCCAAUACAGGAAGCAAGUGGAAAGAGUCGUCCAAUCCGACUACGACAUCACCAUACGAAAUUCAGAAAACCAGGCCAAAGCCAGGAAGUACUUCGAGAUGCUCAUGACGCAGCGUCUCUCGAAGAAACCAGAGCUUAUCGAGCACUUUCUACCCACCUUCUCACCACUCUGCAAACGAUUGACGCCGGGACCUGGCUAUCUGGAGGCUUUGACAGAGGACAAUGUCGAUGUCAUUGUACAACCCAUCGAUCGUGUCACGAAGACCGGCAUCUUGACGAAAGAUGGACGACAGCGUGAUGUAGACGCAAUCAUUUGUGCGACGGGCUUCAACACACACUUCACAAACCGCUUCCCAGUGCACGGAAUCGACGGCAAGAAGCUGUUCGAUGAACAGACCACCUCGUCCAGGAGGCCGAGACUGUCAAACUAUCUCUCCAUGAUGGUCGACGGCUUUCCGAACAUGUUCAUGUUUCUAGGUCUGAAUGCCGGCGUGGGACAUGGCAAUCUGCUCAUGAUCCUCGAACGGGUCGCCGAAUACGUCAGCAAGGCAGUGGCCAAACUGCAGCUGGAGAACAUUCGCACGCUGCAGCCGUCUGUGAGAGCGACCGAUCAGUUCACCAGCUUUUGCGAUGCGCACUUCGAGCGGACCGUCUUCAGCGAAACUUGCUCCUCGUGGUACAAGACCGACGGCCGUGUCUCGGCUUUGUGGCCAGGCUCAAGUCUCCACGCCAUCAAAGCGCUGCAGAAUCCCCGCUGGGAGGACUUUGACUACACCUUCGUUGAUGGAAAUGGUGUCGGCUGGCUUGGUGACGGCUCGACGGCGGCGGACUGGGAUCCUGAGGAGGACAAGAGCUAUUAUUUAGGGUCUUUGGAGUUUGUGAAGGACGACUUGCCGGGCUCUGUUGCGUAG